CCUCUCGAAGCCGUUCCAAUACGUUUUCUUUUUUUUCUUCGGGUACCUUUUCACGCAUGGCCUAAUCGUCUCAGCACUCCCUGAUAUGAUGUUCGUGACUAUCUAUCUGAUCCCUCUGAUUUAUGUAUUACGGGGCCCGUGAACAGCCUGCGAAUUCGCCGAGUGUCACGCCUAUGAUCAGCUUCACGAUGAAUACCGACCAAGAUCAGUUUUCUUCGCGCUUCCGUCCUCCGGAGUGAUUCAAUGCCCGGUUCCUGUUCAUCCAUGAUCAUCAAAUCACGAUUUGGACGCUUUUUGGUACAUUGGAACCUCAACUCGAACCUCACAGUUGGAGAAAAGCCGCCAGCGGGCUGGAGAGCAUAUAAUAUUGCGAGUAUGAAGGCCGUCUCCCCCAAGAAUAUCCAAUGUCGGAUACGCCUUCUGCUCCCAUAGCCAACCAGACUGGCGGAAAUCCUAACGCACCUCAGGAGCCGCCAGAGCUGUUUGUUUUGGAACAUUAUGACUUUGCGGGCAUCCAACUAUCGGAAAUUCUGUAUGGGAUCACCAUCGUCCUCUUCUUCCGAUGUAUGCUCGCCCUCCUUCGUCCACGAAAUGGUCGGAAACCCAGCUACUUGCUGGCUCUUUAUACCUUUGUCUUGUUUGGUCUUGGAACGAUAUUCACGGCGCUCAACGGUCGGCUUCUACAAUUGAGUUUCAUCGACAACAGAGCCUUCGAAGGAGGACCCGAGGCAUAUUGGUUAUCGAUCUAUUCGACCUCGAUGCCGCUAACGGCUAACACCGUAUUUAUUAUCGCGAAUUGGCUUGCAGAUGGACUGCUUCUCUUCCGUUGUAAGGUGGUAUGGCAAGAGAAGUACUGGAUUUUGGCUUUCCCAGUCUUACUCGCGUUCGGAGAUCUGGCUAUGGGCUCCCUCUACCUCUACCAGCUCUCUCAACCAAAUGCCAACCUGUUCACAAAGCAAGCGGUUGAUUUCGGUCUACCUUAUUUUGUCCUAUCCACUUCCCUCAACGUAUUGUUAACCAUUCUCCUUUGCUCUCGGUUAAUCUUCCACCAGCGGUGGAUCGCAAAAACCCUUUUGCGAACUCAAGUUCCAUACAUGUCCAUCGUGGCCAUGCUCAUCGAGAGUUCAGCUAUCUAUGCAGCCUGUUCCAUCAUUUUUAUCGGGACCUACGGCGCCGGCAAUAUUGCAUCCUCGAUCUUCCUACCAGUCUUGGCCCAAACACAGGUGGGUUUAUCAACAUUAUACACUUGCGUGGUCUUUUUUCUUGAUUCCAUACAAUUUCGUUUCUAGAUUAUUGCCCCCCUCCUCAUCAUCUCACGAGUGGCGAGACGGAAGGCGUGGACUUCAAAAAAUUCCAUUUCCGUUUUGCGUGCAACGAGUGACGCGGCGGGAUCGUCAACGUAUAUCGACUCGCUUGAAGGUUCGGGCCCUAAGUUUGCGACACCGCCGACGUUCUCGACCUUACAGAAUUCCGUCGGGACGAUAGAUAAUUAGCUCUGUCCCAUUACACAUAUUCUUUCUCAAUUUCUUACCGGGUCCCAGCCUAUCCUAGCUCGUUGAUUGCGCAAGUUCUUGGAGUAUUUCUAGUUCCCUCUACCUCGUUAUAUAUAUAUUAUCUCAUGUUAAAAGUUAAAACUAACAGACUUGGAGUCUCCAGUGCGA